GUCGGAGCUUAGCGGAAGAGUUUUCGGUGAAAUAUAAUAUUAAUUUCUAUUAUAAAUAAUAGAAAUCAUAGCCUAAAAUCAAUAAAACUUUAAAGAUAUACUUAAGCUUAAAUUAGUUAUUAAAAAAUUUUUAUUGAAACUCUAUGAAAUAAUGAGAAAUUUCUUAAAAAAUCAAAAGUGAAAUUUCGCGAACAAAAGAAUAUUUUUGCAGCAGCAGCAUAAGCAGCCACCAUUGCCAUUAAAAAGCGCGAAAACACUAUUUGUCUUAUUCACUCUUAUAAAAAAAUUCAUAAGUGAAGCAUGUAGUGAUAAUUGAAAGAAAAAAUCAAAAUUUGUCAGUGGAUUGGAUUGUGUAUGUUCUUUAAUAGGUUUUUCUUUUCUAAUUAAAAAAAUUUUUGCUUUUUAAUAAAUAAAUAUAUGUAGGUACAUAUUUCAAAUUUAAAUAUAAUCAUUAAAAAAAAUAAAUAUAAAAGAUUUUAAUGUAAUUUUUAUUCUAAGUUAAAAAUAAAAAUAAGUAUAAAAGUGUUUAUUAAAUAAGUUUGUAAACAGAUGUUUAGUGCUAUUUUCAAGAGUUGCGGUUAAAAAAAUUUCCAAACUUAACAAAAAACAAAAAAAAAAAUUAGAAAAACAUUAAAAAAUAAGAAUUAAUAAUAUAUUUAAGAAAAAAAAAAGAGUUUAAAAUUUGAAAUUUAAUUUAAAAAUUUUUUAUUUAAAAAAAGAAUCAUUAUCAAAACAUUGUAUGUAUAUAUGAAUUAAUAAGAAAAGCAAAAGCAAGAAAAGAAAACUUUGAUUCUGUCCUUUGGAAGUAGAUGAAGAAAGAAAAAUAUCUAUAUAUUUAUUUAUAGAAAAUUGACCUCUACAGAAUUUAAAAAAAAAAAAAAACAAAAAAAAAACAGAUACACAAGUAAAGAGAAAACAAAUAUAUAAUUAUUGUGUUGCUAUAAUUAAUAAUUAUAUAAUAAUAAAAUAAAAAAAAACAGAACAGAAAAAGCAAAGUCAAAAAAAAAAAACACAUUUAAUUCGAAAAAUUUAUACUACCUGACUUAGGAGAGUUGGUAUUAAAAGUUGCAUGUUCAUGAGCAAGGGACGUCGUCGUAUCCAAAACAUUAGCAGAGUUAAACAUAAAUAUAACAUCGAAAAAUUUUGAUGAUGUCUGGGACAUUUAGAUACCCUAGUUCGCCAUUGACGCUUGGAUUUCCUCAGCGAGGUACGAUACAAGGUAACUCUUUCAUUAUGGGAUCUCGUAAUAAAGAAAAAUAUGAAAAUAAUAAUCGAAGACAACAAACAUUUAUGUCAGCUGAAGAUGUUGCUGCUGGUAAAAAAUCUGUUUGGAAUGGUGUUGAGAUAACAGGCUAUGUUAGAAAUAUAAGUCCAGCAUUAUGGCAAUUUAGUCAUCUUACUGCCCUUUAUUUAAAUGAAAAUAAUUUAUUAAGAUUACCACCUGAUAUUGGUUUAUUAGUUAAUUUAAGAGUAUUAGAUGUUUCAUCUAAUAAGCUUAGAAGUUUACCAGCUGAAUUAGGUGAAUUAAUUCAAUUAAGAGAGCUGUUACUUAAUAAUAAUUUUCUUCGUGUAUUGCCCUAUGAGAUUGGAAAAUUAUUUCACUUAUUAGUGCUAGGGCUUCAUGGCAAUCCUCUUGGUAAAGAAUUUUUAAGUAUUUAUAAUGAACCUAAUGGAACAGCAAAGCUGUUGACGUAUAUGUUGGAUAACUUAACAGGUAUGUGGUCCUUAAAUAUGUGUAUUUUAAUAAAUUCGAAAAAACAAUAACAUACCGUAAGUUUCAAAAUGUUUAUUUACCUUAUAAAUUCAAAAUUUGAAAACUGUUGUACUCUAAAAACAACUGAUUAAAAAAAAAAGUUUUUACUGUUAUGCUACUUUUGGGAUAUUGAAAUUACAAGCAAAUCAUAUAAGCGUUUUUAUUACAUUAAAAGCGUAUACGGAGUUGAGAUCAGUUUAUUGUUUCGCAAAUAUAACAUUUUUCUGCAUGGGAACUCUUAUAUACAUUAACUAACCUGUACACAAUUCUGCUGUGCAGAACAAAAACUAGCCUGUAAAUUUAAAUAUCAGGUAUUUGACAUUUAUUUUUUGGUAUUUAAUUACCCCAUUUUAACUGCUAUUCCUUAGGUUGGUAUAUUAGGGGGAAAAAGAGCACAACCAAUAAGAAACAUGCCAUGUAAUCGAUAACCAUAUUUGCUUUUAAAAUUAUGUGCCCGAUUUUAAUAUGAAAAAUUCAUAAUUUUACAGUAAUUAUUUUAACAUAUACAGUUAUAAAAGUACUGCCAAUGCUAAAAUAUAAAAACGUUAAAUUGUUUGUCAAUACUCUGCUUUUUUUUGUAAUAUUCGCAUUUUUUUUUUCAACUUUACCACCAUAGUUGUCCAUUUUUUUAAAAUUUUUUUUGCUAACAAUUACAAAUUUUUGUUAUUUUUUUUUAAAUAAAUAAUUAACAUAAAUAUUAAAUAAAAUUACUUUUCUAGUUAAGGUCAAAAAUUUAAAAGUGUAUAAACAAAACAAGAAAAAACAAAACAAAUUGGCAUUAACUUUCAACAAAAUGGUUUAGUCACUUUAGGUGAAAGUAACCAAACAUAUUUGAAAAAAAAAUCAAUAUUCUCUACUGAAUUCACAAGUAUGCAUAAACUUAUUCUUUAAUACUAUUGUGAAAAUUAGUAAUUAGGUUUUUAUGCAUAUUUAAAACGUUA